AUGGAGCUCUGGCAUGCGGGUCCACGGGCCGAGCUUGCCGCCCCGCAACGAAGCUGGCGUGGGAUUGCGGCCGCCAAAGCUUCGUACAGGCGUGGGUCUUUCACCGGCGACAGCGACAUGGGCAAAGUCGACUUCACCGAAAGGCCACUGCUCAUCGGGAAGAUCCGUUGCAGUGGUUGGAGGUUGGAGUCUCCCCGCGCCCAGGACUUUGUGGCGGCCCAGAAUGCGCGAACUGUGGGCCUGCUGGGCGACCCGAGGAGCUUGCCGCUCUUUGGGCGUCUGCUGGAGACGGAGACCACCGACACGGACGGAGAUCCGCUUCGAAAGCUACCGCAAGUUACGGAGCUGGGUGGCCAGUUCUAUGAUUUCUGGUCGGACGCACGGCACCCCCGUGGGGUUUGGCGGCGCACGACGCUGCAGAGCUUCCUGAGUGACGCCCCGGACUGGGAGGUCGUGCUCGACCUCGCCGAGCUGGGCCGCGCGGAGGGUGAGAGCUUCGUCUGGCGCGGCUACGACGCCCUGUUGGAGGAUGGACGGGACUCCUGGACGGUGACUCGGGCGAUGGUCUGCCUCUCCAGGGGAGGUGCCGAUGCAUUCGUCGCACGGGAGUUUGAUCUCGUGCGGAAGCGCUUCGUACCCGAGGAUGAAGGCGGGUUCGUGGUACCAGAGGGCAAGACCGUCCUCUCGUACCGAUCCAGGGAGGUGCUCUUGGUCAGCACAGACUUCGGCCCCGGUUCGCUGACCAGCGCAGGUUACCCUCGUGUGGUGAAGGCCUGGCAAAGGGGGACGCCUUUGACCGACGCAUCAGUCGUGUACGACUCUGGGCUUGCGAGUUGGUUAGCGAAGGCGAUCCCAAUGACCACGCUGCUCGCUUGA